AUGCCGGCACAAGAAGCUGCUUGGUAUUUAUUAAGAGAACCUAUAGCUAAGUCAUCGGUGGUGUCAGUCUACAUUCCAACGGUAUUUCCUACUGAACGCGCAAGAAUUAUAAAAUCUGUGAAGGAGAUUGAAGCUUUAGAUGAUGAUUGUACGAACAUUUGGAAAGAGAAUUGGCUUGAUAAAUAUGAGAAAAGACCUGAAGAACUCCGCGACGUUACGUUAGCACAAUUUGUUGCAAAAUAUUACCUAAAUACAAAGGGGACUUACACUAAAAGAGAUACUGCAAGAAUAAUAAGAUACAGGAACUACGAUAUGGCUGACAAUUACAACGAUUAUAGGCGUGAGAUGGUUCUGUUGCAUGUUCCUUUUCAAAGUGAAGAAAAUGAUAUUAUUGCUGAAAAUAAGUUCAUUCAAAUAUACGAGGACAACAAAGAUACGAUAUUAGAACGUAGGAAAGAAUUUGAAUCAAAUUUGGACAUAGAGAAAACUUUAAAAAUUUGUAGACAGUUGUGCCGAGAAAACGAUGAAGAACAAGAAGACACGAACACGAACAAGAAGAGAGAAGAGAUCCUUAUGACUUAUUGCUACGUGAUCCAAACUCAACUGCUAAUGUUGAUUUACAAAAUGCAUCUCUGCAUAAACUUGGCGCUGUAG